UUUCACAGUACAAUGUAAGGCGGUAGGGUUCGCCCCGACGACCGUAGGCACGGUAGCGCUCGUGGUGGCGGAGGGCUACAACACACUGUCCUACAACAAUAACAACAUACUGUCAAUAUAAACAAAGCAGUUCAAAAGUGUCAAUUCAGGUUUAUUGCUGGUUUAGUGCCGUUUCUAACAGUAUGUCAGGUAGAGAUUUGAAGAAAGAUUCUCUGACCAGGCAUCGAGCCAGAACCAAAGCCGAAAAAGAAAAAAAUAUGCUUUACAACAGGAACCUAAACGUUCAGGGAACUUCUUCCGUAAUUUUGGCAGAGGCAGAGGCCGAGUUACCCAGUCUGAUGAAGUUGUAGCAGUUUCUAAUCAAGAAGGUGCUAGUGAAAUAUCUCCACUAAUGAAAGAAGUGGUGUACAGGAUAUCAUUCAUUCAGUCCACUGCAGAUACGCAGAUUUCUGCUUUGAGAUUGAAUUGCCAAGAAGAUGGUGUAGUACAAAUCAGCAAUACUCAGCACAGUCGUGGUAACAUGCAACUUUUGAGAGGAGCAGGACAGUUGACUGAAGCUGAUCAACCAAAUCAACAGCCUCCAUUGCCGGCCACUCCUAGUCAAAUUAAUGUUCAUCAUUUUCAUCAGCUUUCUCGGGCCACUGCAGACACGCAGGAUUCAUCUUUAGGAUUGGAUUGCCAAGAUGAUGUAGUACAAAUCAGCAAUUCUCAGCACAGUGAUGGUAACAGGCAACUUUUGAGUCGAGCAGGACAGUUGAAAGAAGGUUAUCCACCAAAUCAACGGCCUCUAUAACCGGCUAAUGUUUUUUUCAUCUAUAUCGUCUAAUACCAAUCGAUCUACUUCGGUCAAUGACAAGCCUGGAAGAGGCCGUUCGAACGGUAGCGGAACCGGCUCGAGAAGAGGUAACACUAACAGAGGUUCUCAAAUCCGGGCUGUUCCAGUUAGUGGAGAAGGUGUGACACGGAAUUCGUAUAGUACUACAGCCUACUGCUACCAAUCAGUGUAUUAUGCCCUGAAACCCAAUUCAAGCCCACCAGAGUACUACUUCAUAUCGAAAGGAAAGCUUCCGUCGCAGUAUUCGACAACCAUUGAACUUCAAAAAGCUCCUGUCUUAGCUAAAUGUUAGAGAUGCGGAUGCGAUAGAGAUUCGGCUGAAUUCCUCGCGUUUUUUUUAAAUAUUUUUUGAAUAUGAUUUUUUUUUAAUAUGCAUAUGUUAUAAUCAAGAAAGGUUGUUUGAAACAGCUUGUGUUUUUUUAAUAAAGUGACUUGCCAAAGUAGCUCGGUUAUUU